AUGGGCGGCAGGCUGUCGUGCGCGUGCGCCGUGCAGGAGUCGUCGUCGGUGGCGCUGUGCGGCGCGCUGGCCGCCGCCGACCGCGCGCUGGAGGCCUACGACGUGCUGCUGGCGCUGGCCGAGACCGCGCACGCGCCGCGCUCGCACGAGCGUCGCGCGGCGGAGCUGGUGGCGCGGCGGCUGCUGGCGCGGCUGCGCGCGGCGCCGGCGUGGGGCGCGCCGCUGCUGUCGCCGGGGCCCUGGCACGACCACCACCGGAGCGCGGUGUCCGAGGAGUCGGGCGCGGACGAGGGCGGGGAGGAGGGGGAGGUGGAGGGCGAGGGUGACGGGGAGCAGGGGGAGGGGGAGUGGAGCGCCGCGUGCGAGGCGGCGCUGCGCGCACACGCGGCGCGCCUCAAGCGGGACACGGUCGCGCUGCGCCACAGCCGCCCGCCGCCCGCGCUCUACUCGCCGCACGACAUGGACGAGGAGGCGGACCCGCGCUGCGUGGAGACCGUCAGCAUGGCGGAGAUGGAGGCGGCCGUGGUGCUGCAGGAGAUGCUCGUGGCUAAAGAGAACCGCGCGACGGAGAGGGCGGCCGCGCUGCUGCAGCCCGCGCCCGAACACAAGGGCGAGGCCGGCCGCCGCCGCCGCCGCGAGCGGCACUGGCUCGACGCGCGCGCCUCCGAGACUGACUUA